CUAGCCCAGGAGCACCGGGGGCUGCCGGGGGGCCGGCUCCUCCGGCCCGCAGCACCUGCCCCCCUCCAGCCCAGCGCAGCCCAGACCAGACCAGGCCGGCGCAGCGGAGCCCCGGCGGAGCGCAGCAGAGCGCACCAUGGAGCGCAGCCUGGAGGCCCUGGACAGGCUGGUGCGCGGGGAGCGCGGGGGCCCGGAGCCGGCCGGCCUCCUGGACGGGCUGCUGGAUCUCCUGCUGGGGCUGCACCAGGAGCUCUCCAGCGCCCCGCUGCGCCGGGAGAGGAACGUGGCGCACUUCCUCAGCUGGGCUGCCCCCUUCGUGACAAAGGUGAAAGGUCUGAGGCUUCAGAGGGACGACUUUGAGAUCCUCAAAGUGAUUGGCCGGGGGGCCUUUGGGGAGGUCGCGGUGGUAAGACAGAAGAACACAGAGCAGAUCUUUGCCAUGAAGUUGCUGCACAAAUGGGAAAUGCUGAAAAGGGCUGAGACCGCCUGCUUCCGGGAGGAGCGUGACGUCCUGGUGAAAGGAGAUGGCCGCUGGGUGACAAAGCUCCAUUGUGCUUUCCAGGAUGAUGACUAUCUGUACUUGGUCAUGGACUACUAUGCUGGUGGAGACCUGCUGACCUUGCUGAGUCGCUUUGAGGACCGGCUGCCCCAAGAGCUGGCCCAGUUCUACCUGGCAGAGAUGGUGCUGGCCAUCCACUCCCUGCACCAGCUGGGCUAUGUGCACAGGGAUGUCAAGCCGGACAACGUGCUCCUGGACACAAACGGGCACAUUCGCCUGGCCGACUUUGGCUCCUGCCUGCGGCUCAAUGCCAAUGGAAUGGUGGACUCCUCGGUGGCCGUCGGCACCCCUGACUACAUCUCCCCUGAGAUCCUCCAGGCCAUGGAGGAAGGAAAGGGCCACUAUGGGCCACAAUGUGACUGGUGGUCCUUGGGGGUCUGUAUGUAUGAGCUGCUCUUUGGAGAAACCCCCUUUUACGCUGAGUCUCUGGUGGAGACCUACGGCAAGAUCAUGAACUAUGAGGACCACCUGCAGUUUCCCCCAGAUAUCCCUGAGGUGUCAGAGAGCGCCCGGGACCUGAUCCGCAAACUCCUGUGCCGCCAGGAAGAGAGGCUGGGCCGGGGGGGCCUGGAUGACUUUCGGGGGCAUCCCUUCUUUGAGGGGGUGGACUGGGAGCAGCUCCCAAGCAGCACUGCCCCCUACAUCCCAGAGCUCCAGGGGCCCGUGGACACCUCCAACUUUGAUGUGGACGAUGACACCCUUAACCACCCGGGGACCCUGCCACCUGCUUCCCACGGGACUUUCUCAGGCCACCACCUGCCUUUCGUGGGUUUCACCUUCACCCCCAGGUCCAGCUCAGACAGGAGCCCUGACCUCCCAGCCUCUGGUCUGGAGCAGAGAAUGUGGAACCUGGAGCAGGAGAAAGCAGAGCUGAGCCAGAAGCUGCAAGAUGCCCUGCAGAAAGCCACCCCUGGCCAGAAGGAGCUGGAGCAGCUGAGGAAGGAGACGGAGACCCUUCGGAAGAAGCUGGCAGAAGCCCAGGCUGAGGGUGCUGCAGGUGAGUGGCCGGUCCCUGGGAGCAGCUGGCAGCAGGAGAGAGACCAGCUUGGCCAGGACCUGUCAGAGGCCCGGGCCCAGCUGCAGGCCCAGGCCCAGGAGCUAGUCAUCUCUGACGGGAGGCAGAAGGAACUGCGGCGGAGGCUUCAGGAGGCUGAGGAGGCCACAGGAGCUGCCAGGAGUCAGGCCCAGGCCCUGAGCCACCAGCUGGAGGAUGCCCGGGAAGCCCAGAACCAGCUAGAGGCCAAGGUGGCUGCCCUGAGCAGUGAAGUGACGCGGCUCCGGAAGCAGAGGGACAGGAGCAGGGAGAAGGAGAGGUCCAGAGUCAAGGCCAUCCAUCCACCCCCUGAGACCAAUGGCUCUGGCCCCAGAAGCCCUGUGCACCCAGGGGCUGGCCAGCAGGAGGCCCUGAAGAAGGAGCUGGAGGCUUUGAGAUCUCAGCUGGACCAGGCUCGGAGCCAGGGCACCAGCCCAAAGGGGAAGGAUGAACUUAUCCGGCUACAGGAGGAGAAUAGACGUCUAACCCAGGAGCAGGAGCAGCUCUCGGGAGAACUGGAGCGAGAGAAACAGAUCAAGAAACAGCUGGAAGGAGAGAGACGGGAGAGGGAGAGCACCUGGGAGGCCCAGAUUUCCGACAUCCUCACCUGGGUGAAUGACGAGAAGGUCUCUCGAGGCUAUCUGCAGGCUCUGGCCACCAAGAUGGCAGAGGAGCUGGAGGCCUUACGUGCUGCGGGCGCCCAGACGCUCCCAGCCCGGCCACUUGACCACCAGUGGAAGGCCCGGCGGCUCCAGAAGAUGGAGGCCUCGGCCAAGCUGGAGCUGCAGUCCGCCCUGGAGGCUGAAAUCCGAGCCAAGCAGAACCUUCAGGAGGAGCUGGGUCGGGUGCAGGAAGCCCAGCGCCAAGCUGAGAGCCACCUGAAGGAGGCCGAGAGGCGGAACCAGGCCCUGCAGCAGGAGCUGGCCACCCUGCGGGAGGAGCUGAAGGCCCGGGGGCAGGGGGAUUCCAAACAGUCCAAUUCCCUGAUUCCGUUCCUGUCCUUUCGGAGCUCAGAGAAGGAUGCUUCAAAGGAGGCUGCCAGCUCCUCAGACGUCCCUGACUCCUGGCGCCUGGGGGCUGAGGCAGAGCUGCGGCCAGAGGGCCGACGCAGCAUGCGGUUGGGGGCUGUGUUUCCCCGAGCCCCGGCCCCAGCCCCAGCUGACAGUCUUCCAGCCAAGCCUGGUUCCCAUGCCCUGCGCCCCCGGAGCUUCCUGUCCCCCACCAAGUGUCUGCGAUGCACCUCGCUCAUGCUCGGCCUCAGCCGCCAAGGGCUGGCUUGUGAAGCCUGCAGUUAUUUCUGCCAUUCUGCCUGUGCCCCCCUGGCCCCUCCCUGCCCUGUGCCCCCUGAGCUCCUCCGGACAGUCCUGGGGGUGAACGCCGAGACUGGCAUUGGUACAGCUUAUGAGGGCUUCCUGUCGGUGCCGCGCCCCUCGGGGGUGCGCCGAGGCUGGCAGAGGGUGUUUGCCAUGCUCAGCGACCUCCGCCUCCUCCUGUAUGAUGCCCCUGACCCUAAGCUCUGUCCCGCAAGCAAUGCCCUCAUCCAGACAUUAGACCUGAGGGACCCCCAGUUCUCAGCCGCCCCAGUCCUGGCAUCUGAUGUCAUCCAUGCACAAUCCCGGGACCUACCGCGUAUCUUCAGGGUAACGGCAUCCCAGCUGACUGUCCCCCCGACCCUGUGCUCUGUGCUGUUGCUGGCCGACAGUGAGGCGGAGAGGACCCGCUGGCUGCAAGUCCUGGGGGAGUUGCACCGCCUCCUGAUGGACAUGCGGCCCCGGCCCCUGCCCGUCUAUACCCUGAAGGAGGCCUAUGACAAUGGGCUGCCCCUGCUACCCCAUGCUCUCUGUGCGGCCAUCAUUGACCAAGAGCGUCUGGCCCUGGGCACUGAAGAAGGACUCUAUGUCAUCCACCUGCAUACCAACGAUAUCUUCCAGGUGGGCGAGUGUAAGCGGGUCCAGCGCUUGGCAGUCAGCCAGCCCGCAGGGCUCCUGGCCGUACUGUGUGGCCGAGGCCCCAGUGUCCGCCUCUUUGCCCUGGAUGAGCUAGAGAGCAGUGAGGCAGUGGGGGCCAAGAUCGCCGAGUCCAGGGGCUGCCAGAGCCUGGCAGCAGGCCGGGUCUUACAGGCCAGCACAGCUGUACUCUGUGUGGCUGUCAAGCGGCAGGUCCUCUGCUACCAGCUGGGUCCUGGCCCUGGACCCUGGCACCGGCGCAUCCGAGAGCUGCAGGUGCCCGGGCCAGUGCAGAGCCUGGUGCUGGUGGGUGACCGGCUGUGUGUGGGGGCAGCUGGAGCCUUUGCCCUCUACCCGCUGCUCAACGAGGCGGCCCCUCUAGUGCUGGGCUCAGGGCUGGCCACCGAGGGUCCGGGCCCCAGUGAGGCGCUGGGCGCUGUUGAGCUCAGCCUCAGUGAGUUCCUGCUCCUCCUUUCCACGGUGGGCAUCUACGUGGACAGGACAGGAAAGAAGUCCAGGAGCCAGGAGCUCCUCUGGCCUGCGGCCCCCAUAGGCUGGGGCUACACAGCCCCCUACCUGACAGUGUUCAGUGAGAAUGCCAUUGAUGUGUUUGAUGUUCGGAAGGCAGAGUGGGUCCAGUCUGUGCCACUCAAGAAGGUCCGUCCCCUGAACGCUGAGGGCUCCCUUUGUCUCUAUGGCUCCGAGAAAGUCCGACUGACCUACCUCAGGAAUCGCCUGGCUGAGAAGGAUGAGUUUGACAUCCCUGACCUGACUGACAACAGCCGGCGCCAGCUGUUCCGGACCAAGAGCAAACGGCGUUUUUUUUUCCGGGUCUCUGAGGAGCAGCGCCAGCAGCAGCGCAGAGAGAUGCUGAAGGACCCCUUUGUACGCUCUAAGUUCAUCUCUCCACCAAUGAACUUCAGCCACUUGGCUCACAUGGGUCCGGGAGAUGGGAGGCCAGAGCUGCCCCUGGCUCCUGAGGACAAGGGCCGGGGAGGAGGCCGCAGUCAUGGCCCUGUGAGGCCCCACAGCUUUUCAGAGGCUCCCCGACGCCCAGCCUCCAUGGGCAGCGAGGUCUUUGUGCCAGACACAGACUCCGUGAGGAGGAAGCCCAGGACGUCCCUCUCCAGUGAGUCGGUGUCCUGUAGCCAGGCCCUCCUGAGUCCAGCCGUCUCUUUGAGCCAGAUCUCAGACCGUCCCCGGAGCCUUCCUCCGGCCCCUGAAUCAGAGAGUUCACGCUGAGUCUCCCUGGCUAGGAAUGCCAGCCCCUCCCCACACCAGCCCCGAAGAGGGGGAAUGGAAGGAGGAAAGUGACCCACAGUGGACUGUUUUGGAUCCAGGAAGGGGCUGGAGCGCCCCCUGUGGGCCACGGAGGUGUACAGGAGGGCAUGGGGGCAGCAGACAGCACUUGCCCAGGGUCCAAGUUCAGGCAGGACCCGGACCUCUCUGACCAGGGUCGGCUCGAGCCUUAUGAUCCCAAUUUCCAACCUUCCCUCAUCCGCCCGGCCCUGCCCACAGAGUCAGCCAAACAUUCACCUCCCCUGCUCUGUGUUGUCCUGAUCAAGGAGAAGAGAGCCCUUGGUAGGGCUGUGCCCAAACAGCUGCUCAGCCCCCUGGUGGGGAGGACCCUGCUUGUGCCAAAGCCCUGUGCCCCAGGCAUCAGGCUGCUCUUGGAUGGAAGGGUGGGUGGGUCCAAGAGAAGGGAAGGGCCAAACUUUGGGGAAGUGGAAGGA